GUAAAAUUGCAUUUAUUCAAGUAUCACUCUCUAGAACCUUUGUUAUCAAAAGCACCUCCCAAGGAACGAAAAGAAUGUCGACGGAGUCGUAUGAAGAUGCCCUUAAAAAACUAGGUGAACUUCUCAGUAAGAAAUCGGAUCUCGGUAAGGUGGCGCUCGCAAAGAUCCAGAAGUUAACGGCUGAGCUUGAGGAACUUAAUUCCAACAAGUCAUCAGAUGCAGUAGAGCGAAUCAAAUCCGGAUUUAUCCAUUUCAAGACUCACAAGUAUCUGAAGAAGCCAUCUUUGUACAAUGCACUUGCCAAAGGCCAGAGCCCCAAGUUUCUGGUGUUUGCUUGUUCUGAUUCUCGAGUUAGCCCUACUCAGAUCUUGAACUUCAAAGCUGGGGAAGCCUUUGUCGUUAGAAACAUUGCAAACAUGGUGCCACCUUUUGACAAGACGCAACAUUCUGGUGUUGGUGCAGCCCUUGAAUUUCCAGUUACAGCCCUCCACGUGGAGAACAUUCUGGUGAUUGGUCACAGCCGUUGUGGUGGAAUAAAGGGACUCAUGUCCAUUGAAGAUAAUGCUGCUCCUUCUAAGAACGUCUUCAUAGAUAACUGGGUUCAGAUCGGUACACCGGCCAAGAACAUGAUCAAACAGGAUUUCAAACAUCUGAGCUUCACCGAUCAGUGCAGCUACUGUGAGAAGGAAGCCGUGAACGUGUCCUUAAGGAAUCUGUUGUCUUACCCAUUUGUGAAAGAAAGAGUGAUGAAGAACAAGCUCGCCAUAAGAGGAGCGCACUACGAUUUCGUGAAAGGAACGUUUGAUCUCUGGGAACUCGACUUGAAGGCCAAGUCCAACCCUGCUUUUUCCUUUUCUUAA